AUGCCGCCUCCCCGUGCCGCGGCGAUUCCGCUGCUGUUGCUGCUGCUGCUCACGCUCCUGGCGCCGGCGGAUGAGCGCGCCGGCGGAGGCGGCGGAGUGCGCGGGGCGGUGGCGCAGACGGACUGUCCGCUGCUGGGGCAGGGCAUCGACCCGUACUCGGCGGGGCUGGUCGACAACAAGCCGCCCGUCUACGUCUCCGUGCUCCUCAAGAAGCUCGUCGCCGUCGACGAGGUCCAGUACAGCUACAGCACCUACUUCUCCAUCGUCACCACCUGGCGCGACCCGCGAGUGAACGACACGGUGGCAAUCAACAAGGUGCUGUCGGCGGUGGGGCCAGCUUUGACGUGGAAGGCUGUGGAGGACUGCAAGCCCAACGUGACGUUCACAGGGUUCAACAUCAGCCAGAAGGACGACUGCCUCAAAACCACCAAGCAGAACAACCUGCCGCAGAUGGACGGGUGCAGCAAGAAGUGCACUCCUGCGGGCAUCACGUGCUGCGACGCCCUCUGGAUCCCCUCGCUCACCAUCCCCAACGCCGUCCUCUACCCGCAGGACCGCUACCAGACUGAGAGCAUAUUCUUCUUUGGCGGUUACAGCACCGACGCCAGUGCCGUCGACAGAGAGUCCAUCGUUGAGGGAACAUUCUCCUCGCCCUUCACCUUCCGGAGAUUCCCCUUCGACUCCCAGGCAUUGGUGGCAUCGCGUCUGCGCAGUCUCCCUCCCUCCCUCCACUCCUCACCUACAGAAUCCCACAUCUUCUCCUUUCUCUUCCCCGCUUUUCCUCCUCUUCCUUGUGUCUCCCCACCCCGCUCGUCCCCCCAACCAACCUUCCCCCAACCCCUUCCCCCCCAGGUCCUGCGGUUGGUGGUGGCAGUGGAGGGCAGCGGCGAGUUCUACCUGGUGGGGAGCAACUCGGGGCGGCAGUCGGAGCAGGGCGGUGGGCAGCUGGGGGGAGGGGGAGGCACGUACGUGAAUGAUGAGGUCACGGGCUGGAAGAUCACCAGUGUGGCGCUCGACUGCGCUCCCGCUGACACCACUGUCAGCAGCUCCGCCUCCUACGCUCCUGGUAACCACCUCCGCCCACCUGCCAUCCCGGUGUGUGUGCGUGGAGGCGUGGGUGCGCGUGUGGGUGCGUGA